AUGGGUGCUGUUGUGGACGCCCUCCGUGCUCUUCGCCAGAGGGCCUUAAAAGUAUCGUCUACGAAGCAAAAACUCCUCCGACCUGCUGUUGGAGACAACGCCGCUGCCGGCCACCGAAUCAUACCUGCCCGAGCGCACGACGAGUCGAUCGGGGUGCGCAUUGACAGGGGUGUGCAAGUCGACAACCGUAUUAAAAUCUACGCUCAGCCUAACAAAAAUGCGGCAAACCCCACAAUCAAAAAAAUGGCCCAGGAAGAUAGCCAUCAGAAUCUGGCAGAAGCUUGGGUCAAUGUCGAGGACCCCGUUGAUGACUCGACCGUGGAUAAGGUCUUUGAUGCUUUGAUGGCAAGUGCUAAAGAGAAGGGCCACUGA